AUGGCAGGCGUUGGAUCGUGGAGUGCAUCUUCCUUGUUAGAGGAGGAGCAUGUAGUACUUGGUGCUUCAAACCCUAUCGACACCGCGAUGAUGAUCAUGACUUCUGGGGAGGAGUCUACAGAUUACGUUGAUGACACUGAGCCCGAUUAUACUCUAGUUGAGCAACCGUCCGAGCCAGCCCAUUCACCAGACUACACAUCGGCUGAACUUGAGCUUCUCAGUUCCGAGUAUAAUUCAGACGAGGACGAUGACACUGCCUCCUCACCGGUUAUUUCACCAACCCGCACCACUCCUUCACAUCGAUCUUCCAGAGCACACACUGGAGGAGGAUAUCGACUCACUUUUCGAGGUAUGGGAGUCCGCUUCUACACCUCCCGUACCCCGUACACUCCGGUUGAGCAGGUUGUCUCCCUCCUCGUACCAUGUACCACCCAUCACUCAGAUCGCAUAGGAGCGAUGGACUCCGAGCUCUUUCUAUUGAGGAUGGCCAUGAGGCAGCUCACAGAGCAGGUACAAUAUUUUGAAGAGGAGAGGGAUGUGAUGGAUAUGAGGACCCUACUCAUUCGGUAUCAGUUACAGGAGGCAAGGGAUGAAGCCCAGUUUCAUCAUCAGGUGUUGGAGGAGGUGAUGAGUCACACAGAAAGAUUGGAGCUCCAGGUGGAGAGGACGGAGUCACGGGUUUCUUUUUUUGAUGUUUGGAUUGAGUAUGUCUAUAGACAGUUGGUUCAGUUGAUGUCUCUCUUCAUAGUGUAUUAUGGAUUCUAG